AUGUGUCUUACCGCUCAUUUUAUCGAUAAUGAUUGGAAACUAAACAAGAGAAUAUUGAAUUUUUGUCCUAUAUCAAGUCAUAAAGGUGAAGCUAUUGGAAAGGCAAUUGAAAAAUGCUUGCUUGCUUGGGGUAUUGAGAAUGUUAUGACUGUUACGGUAGAUAAUGCAAGUUCAAAUGAUACCGCUAUUGUUUAUCUGAAAAAAAGACUCAACAAUUGGGGGACGAGUGUUGUUAAAGGAGAGUUUUUGCAUGUAAGAUGUAUUGCUCAUAUCAUGAACCUAGUUGUCACUGAUGGUUUGAAACUAGUUAGUGAUUCAAUUCAUAGAGUUGGAAAUGCUGUAAGAUUUGUUAGGUCAUCCUCUAAUAGAGUUGAGAAGUUCAAAAGAUGUGCUGUUGCAGAGAAAAAUUCAACUCAAAGCAUGUUGUGUCUUGAUGUUCCAACUCGAUGGAACUCAACUUACUUGAUGUUGAACACAACGGUUAAAUUUAUAAAUGCCUUUGAAAGAUUUGAUGGUGAAGAGAAUCAUUAUCAUGAUGAUCUUUGGGAUGUCAACGGUUAUGGGAAUGGGUUAGGGAAGCCUGUAUUUGAGGACUGGGAUCAUGUGAAGAACUUGAUAAUAUUAUUGGAGGCUUUCUAUAGUUUGACUUUGCGUGUCUCAGGUUCAUCGUACGUUACUUCUGACACUUAUUUUCAUGAGGUAACAGAUGUUGAUUGUCUAUUGAAGCAAUGGUGUGACAGCUCCAAUGAAGAUUUUAAAAGUAUGACUCUUAAAAUAAAAGAAAAGUGUGAUAAGUAUUGGGGUGAUCCUACAAAAUUUAAUGUGAUGUUAUUUUUGUCUGUUGUACUUGAUCCACGAUACAAAUGGGAGUGUGUGGAGUAUGGAAUCUGUCAAAUGUAUGAAACUGACGUAGCUUUAGCUGUUUGCACUUGA